ACAUUUAUUUAAAUAUAAGGGCGUCUCAGAUCAGACAAACUUGUUUGACGAUAAUGCGUAAUGAACUUUAGCGAUCGCAUAAGAUUUUCAGGAUGAUCUUUUCCACAUAGAUUGCCAUAACAUCAAAAGUUGACCAACAGUGCAGACACUCGUCAGAUAAGGACGAGGAGUGAUGGAGACACCAUACAAGUUUUUCGUGUUGGUAUCUGUGUACCUUGCUUAUGAUGGGUUGUAUCAAGUGUCUGCACAGAGUGGCCCCAAUGUCUGCUCUAGACAAGAGACUUACUACACCAGGGCGAAAGUGUGUGCCUACAGGACCUGGCAAAGUUGUUGUUACUACAAAUAUGUCACGAAAUGUAACUUACGAACCAUAAGUUAUUGUUGUUCAGGCUAUACCGAUGUAGGCGGGAGAUGUGAACCCGUAUGUUUUGGGAUGACAGGCAGACAAGGUUGCAGCAAUGUUGGUGACUGUGUGGGACCAGACACCUGUAGCUGUGCCUCUGGUUAUAGAGGACCCCAGUGUAACAACAAGAUAGCUUGUUCAGAAACAAAACCAUGUUAUCCAGGCAGCUGUCCAAGUGUAGACAUCUGUCAGUGUUCGGAGGGUUUUGGAAGUCCAAACUGCACUACGAUCUUGGCCUCGCCAAUAAUCACAUUGGCUUCAGCAGUGCUGGCUUAUAACCACCCAGUGAAAAGGAUGGAUAUUUAUAACUACACUACUGACGCCACGACUGAAAGUGGUACCGGAAGUGGUGAUAGCGCUUCCAUCUGGGCUAAUUUCGAUCGAUUCAAUAAAAUCAGAGGAACUGUGUCCGCAGCAUUUGGCAUGGAGUCUAAACUAUCUGCGCUACCUAGCUAUGUCACCAGCUCCAAGAUUGGAGUGGCUGUAGCAACAAUGGAGUGGCAGUUGGAGAAACUCAUAAACGGUGUACUAACUAGACAGGGAGGAAGCUCUAGAAUAUGUAGUGAGGUUUCUACAAACAACCCAGGAAGCAUCUUAGAAGAAUGUCAGAUAGAGUUCACCAACGUUCUGAACAUCGACAGUGGAGAUGUAUUCAAAUUGACAUUUCAAGUUGAGAAUGGUGGGUUUGAAAAUCUGAGAGGAAAUAUCCGUCUACCAUUCACACAACAAAGCUCUACGGCUUCGAAGUCUUCCGUCACAUACAGAAUAGAUCUGGACAAACCUACAGUAAACACCAACACAGCCUUCAUUGUCGAUGAACCUUUCACAAGAACCCAGAUUGUUACCCGUUGGUCAGGGUGGACUGACUCUCUGGCAGGAAUGGAGUCGUACAACUGGGAAAUAUUUGAACUUCAAAAUAAGAGCGGAACUCAGCGAUAUGCAAAAAGGAGCAAAGCAGAUUGUAUAAAUCCACAGCUUGGAGCCGAUUGCAACCAAUUCCUAGAUCCCAUAUUCAGUAAAAAAUUUGAUCACAUUGGUGUGGAAUUGUCAAUGCCUUAUACACCACAAAACCCGGGUGUCUUUGCCAUGAUAUUAGAAGCUUCAGACAGAGCCAAUAAUUCAGACUACGUCUCUCGAUACGUAGUAUACGAUCCAAGUUCAACGAUAGAGAUACAAACGGGGGAUGCUGACAUUAAAGCGCUGUCUGGAUCCAAAAACGCAAGCUUUAAAUGGCAAGUCUUAUCUUCCUCUUCGCAGAGUAGCUUAAUUUUAGAAUUUUCCUGGAGAGGUCAUUUUAUCAAUCGUGUACAUCAUGAGGGAGGAUUUCUUAACAAAAUUGAGGACUAUACUCCUCAACUACAGGACAUUUAUACAGGCGACUAUAAAUUCCCCAAGACUGUCAACGUGAACUAUAACGUCGUUGGUGAAGACGGUCUGACUGGGAGUUUGAUUCCAAAUGAACUCGGAAUUACAAAAUUUCAAACUUAUCUUGAUGAAACUGGAGAGCAGAAGGUUGACAUCUACACGGGAGUUAGCUGGGUAGACCAAAAUAUUAAAACCACUGCUUCCUUUCCAUUGGCUAAAACUGUUUCAGAGGGUGACUUUGUCACGUUGUGGGUAAAGGCCGAAGACAAGAUUGGAAACAUUAAACUUUCUUCUCUUCCUCUCGGAUUUGACUCCAGUAAGCCAUCCAUUUAUGACCAGAGUUUUAUGCCGGAUAUGGGAACCAAAUAUAUAUACGGUAGCAAAUUAUGGUUUAAAACUGAGGAUGAACAUAGCGGCAUAUCUCAAAUCUCUUUCAACAUCAUUAACAAAUCCAAUAACACCAUAGCAGCAAACGGCAGUGUUCCAGUAAACACAUCGAACGUGGAAAGAGGAUUUUCGAAUGAACGCUAUCAAGUUCGGGAUACGUUUUAUUUUUACCAACACGAGAUAGAAAUUAACAAUUGCUGGUUUAGGGUCCCGAAAUCAAGGCAAGCUACCGAUCGCUUUGAAGUGGAAAUUAUUGCAUACAACGGUGCCAUGCUUCAGUCUCGACAAGCGAUUGACGUCAAUUUGAACAGUUUUAAAGGAAUUGGUCAAUAUCAAGCUGUGAAGGACGUAAAUCUUCUACAAAACACAGGGAACGGCGUCCGUUUUAGCUUUAAUUUGACCGAAUCAUGCUACAGACGACAGAACAUUAUACUGAAAUACAACGAUGGCCAGGAUCACAAGAAGUUGAUAAAUCCCUCCGCGGACAAGUACGACCUUUUUGGUCUUCAGCCCUCCACCGCUUACAACGUUAGUUUUGUAGUUGAAUACGACGAAGGGGUCAUAAGUGAUCCGUUUUACUACUCUUUUAGGACCGGAGCUGCUGAAAGGCACGUUAGCGAAAAUUUGACAACAGGCGGAAUAGCUGGAAUCGUUGUAGCCAUAUGUCUAUUGCUGUUGUUUGCUGUCUUCAUUUUGGUGAUGUGGAGAACCGGUCGUCUCCGAAGGUGGAAGUUGUCGUUGUGUAACUAGGAUUUCCAAGCAAUUAUGAAGACAAUCUCUUAUCCAAAUUUCUUUAAUGAUGUUAUAUUUUUAGACUAUGUAAUAUAUUAUGAUAAAAUAAAUAUAACAUAAUUGUAUAAUAUCAAGUCAUAACAUACAUUUGUACAUUAUUACAAUAUAAUUAUCUAUAAAUUUCCAUUGCAAUAUACACGUUUUAUCAUUCCCAUAUACAUAUUAUUUCAUUCAGUUCAAGAUCAGAAAAAACACAAUUAAGGGAAAUAACUCAUAUCAAUUUUAACAAACAAAUGUUAUCUUUCUUCUACAAUAAAAUAUUAAAAUUCACAAUUAUAAAUCAUACCAAUUUAUGGAAUUGAGUCCGGUU